GGCCCUGAGCCGGCUGCUCGCACCGCCCCUUCCCGCCGCCGUUGCCGCUUGAAUCGCGGCGGGAAGGCUGUUUCGUAGCCAGCGGGUUUUGAGACCGAUUUGAAGCAGGGACGAUUUGUCAGUAGCUUCAUCCUCAGCUGUAUUUUCAGUAUAUAACAAAAUGUCCUCAAAGAAGAAACCGAAGAGAAAUAAUUUUGGAAAUAAAUUAAGCGAACGCAAAGGCAACUCCCAUCCUCGCUGGAAAUCAACUCCACUUGAGGAACCAGAUGUCUCAAGGAUAUUGAAAGUAGCAGGAGCAAAUCAACUUGAAGAGCUUGGUGAUUCAUUUGAUCACCCUUUGCACAGCACAGCCGUGGAUGCUUAUGGAGAGGAACAUUCACACAAGUCACUUAAUCAUGCUCCAGUGGAACAAAGGAAAAGUACAGAAAAAAGUAAAAAAAAGCAUCUCUCAAAAACGUCUCAUGGUGAUGUUCAGAAAUCCAGCACAGCUGAUCCUGAAGAUGAAUCCUUUAAGGAGAACGGGAAGGCUCUGAAUAAGACUGGGUUCCAGGCAGGAAAGAAGCGUCCUUCAGAGGAGGACACAUCAGAUCCUUCUGUGGAUAGCCUCUGUUCUGUACAAAUUUGGUGUCCUAAAACAAUGAAGAGAUCUUCCAAAGAUAUUACAGAACUGGAUGUUAUUCUGGCUGAAUUUGAGAAGAUCACAGCAAAUUACAUACAAAGCACAGAAUCAAAAGUUAGCAGGCAAGCUGUCAGUGGCUUCUGUUCUGCUUUCAAGGACCAAAUCACUGAUCUUAUAGUGGAAAUCCAGGAAUUAAAGAAUAUGAAGAAAAAAAAUGCUAAGAUAAGAGCAGACAUCAAAAAGAAAAGGCAGCAACUGUUGCAAGUCAGAGAAGAGCUCAUUGGAGCUGAACAACAACAGAUAAAACUAAAAAGAGAAUAUGCUGAGAUGCAGGAAAGGAAAUCUUCCUUGAGGCAAGCAACUGAAUUACUUACUGAUUUAAAGGAGCUACAAGAAGGCUGUUUGUGUUAUGAAGAAGAAAACCCAAAAGAAAAAAUGGUAUAUGGAACUUCCAGCCUACCUGCUCUUCUGGUGGAGUCGAAGAGAAUUCUAGGAGCAGAAAGACACUUCCACAAUAUUAAUAAGAAACUGCAAGAGGCUCUGGCUGUACAAAGAGGGAAAUUAUUGAAGAAACAUUAAGUGUUUUUUAAUAGACUUUCUGACAGUUGUUAGCACAGCCAUUAAAAUGGUCAGUGCUUAAAGUUUGUUAAAUUAUUGUUGCUAUAUAUUGCUUCAAUGUUUAAGAGAAGUCAGUGAUUGAAU